AUUACUCUCUCCUGGUAAUAGGGGGCAGACUGAGGAGAGAGAAUCAACUGAGAAGAGGAAAGAGAAGAAGGUCGAAGGAGAUCGGGCCAUGGCGUACGCUUCGCGUUUCCUGUGCCAUUCCAGAAAGUUAUGUGCAGGUCAGAAAUUAUUUCAAAUGGAGCCUGCUGUUCCUGUUCGUUAUUUUUCAAACGAAGCUCCUCCUCGCCCAGUCCUCAAGGGUGACGAGAUGUUGAAGAACAUAUUUUACGAGGUUAAGAACAAAUUUGAGACGGCCAUCGGUGUUCUUCGAAAGGAAAAGAUCACCAUAGAUCCAGAUGACCCUGCUGCAGUAGCUCAUUAUGCAAAGGACAUGAAAACUGUAAGAGAAAAGUUCUCAACCGAAUCUGGGCUGUCAAGUGACUUUCCUCCAGAAGAAGAUCUUCUGCCACUCUUUGAGUCUUCUCUUAAUGAAGGAGAAGGCCCUUAUCAUUGUUGGAUGAACAGAAUGGAGGAGUGCGAGGAGUUCUUCAGUAAAGAUGGGAUUUUCUUGGUUGUUAUGGGUACCUUCCAGGAGAGUUCUUUUGUACUGCGCUGUGAAAAUAUUAGCAUCAUAGAAAGAGUAAAAUUGCUUCAACAGAGAUUCCCUGAGCUUCAAGUAUUUGGGUUUGAAUUUGGAAGUUCAAUUUGUUCUAUCGACGAUAAAGCUCGGAUAAGUAGCAUUCUCUUGAAGGAAUAUAUCACAUUUCCUGUGUUGCUGUCAACUAAAGAUUUUAUUAAGAGGGAAAACACGCCAUUGUGCUUGAUAUUCAAAGGUUUUAGAGGCCAGAUUUUCUAUCUAAAGGAUGUGGAAAUUGGAACAAUCACAAAAGUGAUUGAUGAACUUCAGACAUCAUCUAUUGGGGAAUCCACAGACGUAAACUCCAAAGGUAUAGGAGGAAAGCUUGCUGAGUUCAUCAAGGAACCAUAUGUUUGUCAUCCUCUUAAAAACUUACUUCUCAACUCUGCAGGUUCUAUCUCUGUGGAUGAAGAUGGCAAACGCAUAUUUAUCUCUGACACAAAUCAUCAUCGGAUCAUCAUCGCUGAUGAACAUGGAGUGCUUUUAGAUUGUAUUGGUUGCUCUCCGGGUUUUGAGGAUGGUGCAUUUGAAACUGCCAAGAUGUUUCGUCCAGCUUCAUCAAUAUACAAUGCUGAUGAGGAUUGCUUGUACUUUGUAGAUUAUGAGAACCAUGCUGUUAGGCUUGCUGAUAUGGAGAGUAGGACAGUGCGGACAAUCUACCCCAUACCUGAUACUAAAAUGAGUGGAAAUAGCAUUUGGAAUUGGGUGAAAAGCAAGCUAGGAUUGAUAAGGGAAGAUGUUGUGGAGGCUGAGGAGUUUGACAUGGAUUUUACUUUUCCUUGGCAUUUGAUAAAAAUGGAGACAAAUGAUCUCAUGAUAAUUAACCACAGUUUCCAAAAUCUAUGGAUAAUGGAAUCAGCUACUGGGAAGAUCAAAGAAACGUAUGAAGGAUAUGAUACUAUUAUGGAGGCCUUUGGGGAGAAGAUUAUGGAUAGAGUAUCCUUGGUGAGGAAGGUCCAUGAUUCUCUAGGACUGCACGAGGCAUCAAAAACAAAUUCUCUCCAGGAGUUUCAAUUUGCCACUUUGAUGUCUUCAAUUGCAAAGUUACAGAAUCGCAUACUUUUUUGCAAUGCAGACUGUCAAACGGUUUUGAAACUCGGUGGAGAAAUGGAUGAUGUUUCUCAUCUUCAAUUCUCCAACUUUGGGGUCCUUGGAUUGCCAUAUUGGAUGGUUAGUCCCCUGGAAAGAAUUUUUGUCAGCUCCAAGGACAAAGUAUAUAGUAGACUGCAACAUAAACCUCAUGUUCAGGAUUUCAAGGUGCAUCAAGGGAGAUGCGAAAUACGUAUUAACGUGGACAUUUCUGUGGGUAUUAAGCUUGCUGCUCCAAUACAAAGAGGUUCUUUCUGGUGUCAGGCAAGGGGUGCUGCUUCUAUGGUGCCUGAAUCAGAUUUAACCUCAAAACCAACAGAGGAGGUAGGUACUGCACAGCAGUGGUUUGAUGAAUUGGAUAACCUUGCUUUUGUAAAUCCUGAACCCGCAUCAGAAUUGGACAUUGAGGAGGAAGCCUCUAGUGAAAAACUUGGUGAAGACCAUGCAUCACACAUAGAAUGUGCAGUUGAUAUUAGUCCGGGCACCAGUGAGGUAGUUGUUGAUGCUGUUCUUUACCUCAAACUUGACAAAACAAGUGAUUCUCUUGGCCAGAAUCUGAGAAAAGUUGAAAGGAUUCUGAGCAUUUCUAGCGAAAGUGGAAACCAGUGCCAAGGUGAUUUGUUGAUGCAAUUAUUCCAAGAAUCAUGUAAUGAUAUUGGCAAUAUUAUAUUCAUGAGAGAUUUACAUGUAAGGAUUAGGCUAGAAUGUUUAGGGGAUUCUUCAUUAGAUAAAUGCCGUGAUAUUGGCCCCGAAAAUGCACCCAUUGGUGUUAAUAUCCAGCUGUAGACUAAAUUGACUACUUGCUUUGGGAUUUAUUGGCGUAAUUAUUUAUUCGACCCCAUUUGGGUUGCGAUUUUUUUCA